AUGUUAUUUCAUCCAAUAUUGGCUUCACGAACACAAAAGAUUACCAUGCGUUAUACAAUAUUAAUAUUAUUAAUUUGUCUAUUAAAUAUUUCAAUAUUAAAAGCUAAUGAUGAUGAUAUUGAUGAGGAAGUAGCUAUUGAUGAUGCUCCAGCAACAUCAUCAUCAUCACCAACUAUUGAAAAAACUAAUGUACCAACAAUCAAGUCUUCAUCAUCAAAUAUUUAUUUUGAAGAACAAUUUCAAGAUAAAUCAAAAUGGUCACGAUGGGUUAAAUCACAAGCAAAAAAAGAUGGUGUUGAUGAAGUUUUAGCAAAAUAUGAUGGUGAAUGGGCUUUAGAAAUUCCCCAAUCAUCAGCUUAUUAUGAUGAUUAUGCAUUAAUUUUAAAAUCUAAAGCAAGACAUCAUGCCAUAAGUUCGAAUCUCUUAAAACCAUUUGAUUUUUCAACAAGUCCACUUGUGGUUCAGUAUGAAGUCAAAUAUCAAACAAAUCAAGAAUGUGGUGGUGCCUAUGUUAAAUUACUUUCUUCCGAUGGAAAACAACUUGAUUUGGGUAAAUGGGAACCACGUAAAAUACCAAAUCCUGAUUAUUUUGAAGAAACUCAUCCAUAUAAAUUAACACCAAUUGGUAGUCUUGCACUUGAACUUUGGUCAAUGGUUGAUGGUGUUGUAUUUGAUAAUUUUCUUUUAACAUCAGAUCAAUCAAUAGCUAAACAAUAUGCUGAUCAACUUUGGUAUCCAAAAUCAAUACUUGAAGGAAAAGCAAUAUCAUCUGCAUCGGAUAGUGUUAUUGAUGCUAUUGUUAGAGCAACAAAAGAACGUCCAUGGUUAUGGGCUGUUUAUUUAGUUGCUAUAUUAUUACCAAUAAUUCUUCUUUUUGUUUUUUGUUGGUCAAAAAAAUCAACAAAAAAAUUAACAGAUGGAUCAAAAAAGAAAAAAGAUGAAGUUGAACAAGAUUCUAAUGAACAACAACAAUUAUUAACAUCAGCAGAUAAUGAUGAAGAAACUGAAGAAAUUGAAAUUGAUGAACAACAAGUUAAAUCUAAUGUUACAAAUGUAUCGGGUAAAGAUGCACUUGAAAAUGAUGAUGAAGGACAAGAUGCAGAAGAAGAACAAGAAGAAGAAGAAGACGAAGAAGAAGAAGAAGUUAAUGCCGCCGAAACCAAUGAAGAUGAAAGUAAUAAAAGUUCAUCACCAUCAGCCAGUAAUAAAGCUCGUCGUCGUCUUUUACGAAAAGAAUAA